AUGUCUAAUCAAAACGAUUAACAUAGUCAAAUAGAAGAGCACAUUCUCAGACUUUAUGAUAUAUAAGAUUUUAAAGGUAAAGGAGCUUAUGGAAUAGUAUGGAAAGCAAUAGACAAAUAAACAAAAUAAUAAGUGGCAUUAAAAAAGGUUUUAUAAAUAAAAUUAAAUGAUAGGUAUUUGAUGCUUUUUAAAAUUAAACAGAUGCUUAGCGAACAUUCAGAGAAGUUUGUUUUUUAUAAUAAUUAACAGAACAUGAAAAUAUAGUUAAGUUAUUAAAAGUAAUUAAAGCUGAAAACUAGAAAGAUUUAUAUAUGGUAUUUGAAUAUAUGGAGAGUGAUUUACAUAAAGUAAUAAGAGCAGGUUUGUUAAGUUCUUUGCAUAUGCAAUAUAUAAUAUAUUAGUUGUUAAAAUGCUUAAAAUUUAUUCAUUCUGGAGAAUUAAUUCAUAGAGAUUUAAAACCUUCAAAUUUAUUAAUAGAUUCUGAUUGCAAAGUAAAAGUAGCUGAUUUUGGAUUAGCUAGAAGUGUUGCAUAAUCUGAAAAUUAAUAUGGUAUUAUUAUUAUUUAAUAAAAUGAUUAGAAAUACCUAUAAUGACUGAAUAUGUAGCAACAAGAUGGUAUAGGGCUCCAGAAAUAUUAUUAGGAUCACAUUAUUAUUCAAAAUCUGUAGAUAUGUGGAGUGUUGGAUGUAUAUUAGGAGAAAUGUUAUUGGGAAAAGCAAUCUUUUCUGGAGCUUCUACUUUGAAUUAAAUAGAAAAAAUUAUUGAAUUAAUUGGAAGACCAAAAUAAGAAGAUUUAGAAUUAAUUAAUGCACCUUUAGCUUAAUAAGUUUUAGAUGGAAUUUCUAUGUAAAAAAGAAAAAGCUUUGCAGGAUUCUUUCCUAAUACAACUCCAGACUUUAUUGAUUUUAUUCGUUAAUGUCUUAAUUGGAAUCCUUAAAAAAGAAUCACUAUUGAUGAAGCAUUAAAACAUUAAUUAAUGAAAGAAUUUGUCAAUACAGAAGAUGAAAAAACAUUAAAGUCUAUUAUUAGAAUUCCAUUUAAUGAAAACAAAAAACUUACUAUUAAGGAUUAUAGAGAUAAAAUAACAUUAAAUUGUGAAUAAAUUCUAUAAGAAAUUUAAUAAAACACAUUUGAUAAAAAUAUAACCAAAUAAUAUUUGUCAACUCCAUAAAACUAUUCUACUUAUAUCAAUAAUUUUGAUUCAAAACAAAAGCAAAAUGUUUCUUACUAACAAGUAACUCAACCUGUAGAAAAACCUAAGAAAUUAGAUUCUUUUUAUAAACCUGAUGGAAUUAAUGCUUAUUCAACUUAAAAAAAGUCUGAUUAUUCUCCUUCACAAAAACCAAACAUACUAUCUAAUCCAUAAAAUAUUAGUUCAAAUUUCAUUUAACAAAAAUUCACUUCAAAUUAAAAUUAAGGAUUUAAUUAAGGAUUAAGAAAAACAUAUACUAAUAUUGUGAAUAGACCACAUAAUGAUUAUAAUAAGAGUCCAGAAAUGAAGAAAAAAACUGAAAAUAAUAUUAUUAAUGUAACAAAAUCUUAUUCUUUUCAUGGUGAGACAUAUGAAAGAAGACUUGCUAAUGGAAGUUUUAGCACAUAAAAUAAGAAUGAAAAUAAACCCUCAACAUCAGUUAGUUAUGUUAGACCAGUUCAAAUAUAAUCUUUGUCAAAUUAUAAUACAGCAUAGAAUUUUUCUUAAUAAAAAGAAAUGUUAAGACCAAAAGAUCCAAUUAUGAUUACUUAAGCUUAAAGAAGUAAAUCUUUUGAGAAAUCGCCUAUUAAUAUUAAUCCAACAAGUCCUUAUCAAAGAUAAAAGACUGAAGUUUCAAAACCUAAAUUUAUACCAUAAAGUAUUAAAAUAAUCUUAUUUAGAUCAUAUUAACAACAGCGUAGCUUAGGUGCAGAAAUUGUUAUAAAAAUGCUGUUAAGUUUAGAAUUAUUAAUAACACAAAAAAACUUCAAGUGUUAUUGACCCUUCAAAAUAAUAACCGCAGUAAAUUUAAUAAACCAUAAAUUAUAAUUAUUUUGAUAUUAGAAACUCAAAAUUUAUAUGA